UCCACCGCUCCGUUUUUCCACCUACAUCUGGAGUCUUACUGAAAUAUAAUUAAUAACAAGGUUUACCUGAGGACAAGCUGCUAUAGACUUGAGUCAGUGGUACAGUAAUAUUGUGCAAUUAGUGUGCUUAAUCAUCACUGGUCCGGCGCUAAUGGCUGCACAGCUGCAGGGGCUUUAUGUAAAAGGCUUACACCUCUUAAGACAAUAAUGGUCGCCUGGAGAACAAAUGAGGUGACACUAAUACUCCGGAGGUGACGCGGAUCAGUCCGAGCUCAUUCAGCACAACAUGGACACAACAGUCGCUGUCCAUGGUGCUGAUUGAUAGAAAAAACACUGAUGAAGUUCAAGGAGAGAACAUUGUUACGUCUGUGGUCAGAUAUCCAUUUAAUUAAACAUGACCCGAGGGGAAUCACCAUGCACUGCUGACUUCUGUGCAGACAGGCCCGCAGCCUCUCAGCUGCAGCAGGGGGAAACGGCCCGGCACCAUGGACUCUAAGGAGAAGGACUCAGAGGCUGCACAGGAAUCCAGUGGAUUACACCAUUUUCUAACCUACAAAGAAAUUUAGGAUUUGAUCCUGGGCUGCACCUCUUCCAUCCUGACAGCAGACCCCAGAUAUCCUCCUGUCUGGAUGACUAAGGGAAGAAUUGCCAAACACAUAGCAUGGCUCACUCCGCUCACCCCUUUGGCUGGAGGGAGAUGACAAACGGAGGGGGGCACCCCCAUUCCCACAAUGGAGGCCAGACCGGGGGUUCCCACAGCACCACGCGCUACAUGCUGAAGAAACAGCACCGCCACAGACGCAGGUCCUCCUCACCGAUGGGCAGGGUCAUUCUCAUAAACGCCCCUGUUGAUGGAGGAGAUGACUGUGAAGACAUUCACACAGUGACCGUAGAUAAGAGUCCCGAUGGGCGUCUGGGUUUCAGUGUCCGUGGAGGCUCUGAACAUGGGCUUGGCAUAUUUGUCAGCAAGGUGGAGGACGACAGCUCUGCAGCACAGGCUGGGCUGACUGUGGGCGAUAAGCUGGUGGAGGUGAACGGGGUCAGCCUGGAGAGCAUCACCAUGAGCAGCGCUGUGAAGGUCCUGACAGGAAACAACAGGCUUAGAAUGGUGGUGAGACGGGUGGGCAAGAUCCCUGGCAUCCGCUACUCCAAGGAGAAGACUACAUGGGUGGAUCUGAUUCACCGGCGGAUGGUAGUGGAGGAGAGCGGUCGGACACCAUCAGAGGCCAGUUCGGACAGCGCUCUCCGCAGGAUUGUACAUCUCUUCACCACGUCAGAUGACUACUGUUUGGGCUUCAACAUCAGAGGAGGCAAAGAGUUCGGACUGGGGAUUUAUGUUUCUAAGCUGGACCCAGGUGGGCUCGCAGAACAGCAUGGCAUCAAGAUGGGUGAUCAAAUCCUUGCAGCCAAUGGGGUGAGCUUUGACAACAUCACCCACAGCAAUGCAGUCGAGGUCCUGAAGAGCCACACCCAUGUGAUGCUGACCAUUAGGGAAGCUGGGAGAUAUCCUGCUUACAAGGAGAUGGUGGCAGAAUACGGCUGGCUCGACAAGUUGGCCAAUGGGGGCCCUGCUCCAUCCUCCCAGGGUUCAGACUCCAACUCCUCUGCGUCCUCGCUGUCCUCCAGCACCCCUCUCAGCUCCCUCAGUGGUCUCUCCCAGGUCCUUUUCCCUCCUGUCUUUGGCACAGAGAUGGUAGACGUUGCCAUCUCCACAGAGGACCGCUCUCGAUGUCCAAGCAGCACUGAGCGAACUGCUGACACCGCCAUACAGACUGACCCCCACCCUCCAAUCUUCGUGGACAACUCCUCUACCCACAAUGGGUCGUACCCUGACAGGCUGGUUGCCACAGAAAGCAGUCGGACUGUAGGUGCCACAGUGCUGCUGAAGGACACAGUCAUACGUGGGAAAGGGGAAGGACCGAGGGAGAUGGGAGGAGUCGGGGAAGGAGGGCGGGGACGGACAAGGACGCUGUCAACUGGGGACCAGGAAGUUGUGAAACACUCACCUAAGACGGCAGCGCUGAUGGCUCUGAGCAGACCAAGGAAACCCAUCAGACGUUCCCAGAGCCACAUCACUGUGUCAGAGGACCGACAGAAGAAGAAGAGGCAGCAGAAGGAGAAGAGCUCGGCAGGGGGUAAAACUAGCCUGCAGCGCUCCAAAACCUUUGUCAACCUGUUAUUUAAGAAGGACCGUAAAGAGAAGUGCAGCUCUAAGUCACAAUCCCACCACGCUGACAAAGAUAAGGAGAGGGGUCGAACUUUCCAGCUCUUGACCUCCCCGAGGGAAUCCCGCGCUGGGGUUAGAAGCAACAGCCCGCAGCCCCGACCCGAGACCCUGCAGUACAUAGAGGACAUGGCAAAGAAACUGCUCAGCCAGGAUGAGGUGGCUGCUGUGAUGAGACACUGUCAGCGGUUUUUGUCUGACAAUGUGAUUGAGGAUUUAGUACGUCCCCUUUUGGCAAUUUUGGACAGGCCAGAAAAACUGCUGCUUCUCAGAGAAAUAAGAAUGCUGAUACCUACGACUGAGUUGGGCCGGUUUGACAGCAUGGUCAUGCCCUUUGAGCUAGAGGCGUAUGACAUUCUCAAGAGUCGCUCCAUGCGUUCACCAGCUCUGCGCUCCCCUCGCAGUGGAACCCCUCGACGUCACCUCAUCACCCCAAUCCCAGACUACAGGGGUGGGUUCCACCUCCAGCCGGUCCAUGACACACCGCGGGAGCGUCAGUUGAUUGAGGAGCUGGAGAGACUGCGUUUGUCUGGAAAGCAGUCAGGCCAUCUGCCUCCAUCCCGUGCCUUCACUCCCUUGCUGGAUGUACCUGUGGACAGCUACUUCUCCUCCACUGUCCAUUCCCUGAGCCCCUCACCCACCCACAGCUUCCUCCUCACAGAAUCACCACACAGCACCCAACGUGGGCGACAACCCCAUCGCUCCCCAAACAGAAGAGAGAACGGGGAUGAGGUCUCCUUAUUGUCCGUGUCUGACCGAGGAGAUGUGGCUCCUGAACGAGGGAGGUCACCUGUGAGGAACGGCCGUGGGCGAGUGAGGAGGGAGGCCAGUCCUGACAGUGUAGAUGGCAGAAGGAGCAGGCAGGAGGGCUUCACAGAGGUCAGCGUACGUGUUCCUUCACAGCAGGGAGGGAGAACUCCACUGGCUGAUGUAUUUGAGCCCUCAACAGACAAAAGCCCCUCCACAGGCAGAGGGAGCAGUCAGCAGGUAAAUAGACAUUUACAAAAUGGUCACGGUGUGAGAAGAAGAGCAGCUCUGCCACCUGAGGAAUAUGAAAUUGCCACUUUGACCAUCUCAAAGGCCAAGCAGUCACUGGGUAUUAGUAUCUCUGGAGGCAUGGAGUCAAGGGUCCAGCCUGUGAUAAAGAUUGAGAAAAUCUUCCCAGGAGGAGCUGCAUCUACAAAUGAGGCUCUGAGGGCAGGGUAUGAGCUGUUGUCCGUGGACGGUGAGAGUCUGCAGGGAGUGACACAUCAGCACGCAGUCGAUGUAAUCCGCCGCGCAUUCAGCAAUAAGGCAAAAGACCCGAUGGUUUUUGUGGUCAAGGUCCCUACCACCCCUCACCAGCCCCAGGGGACCUGCUGACUAACCUCCGUGGGUCUCACAGCCACACUGCAGCUGAGGCAUGAAGGACACCAAAAAACCUACAGCUCCUGUGGGAGUGAAUAAACUACAGGAUUCACUCUGUAAGAGAAAAUAUGACACAGGUGGAGCUCUGGUCAUAGUGGAGAGGAAUGGAUGCACGGAAGCAUCAACCCUGUUAAAGGCAGAGUUCUGACAAGAAGUGAAGAAAUUGGUCGGAAACAAAGAAACAUGUUGGAGCGGUUUUUUAAGACUGAUAAAGUAGCUUAUUUAUCAGGAUAAAGAUUGUUAUAAAUCACUUUUGCUAUGAUGAAUGUAAGAUACUGUGUUGCCCUGUAUGACUUUUGUAACAUUCUUAGUGUUUUUAGCAAAACAUUUUACUGAACGCAUACAUUGCACAUUAACUCAAUCAAAAGUAAGCAAUUUAGUGUUUUCUAAAGGGUCUUUUAUGAUAAGAUCGUAUGGUUCAUGAACUCCUCCUUGGUUGAAAUUGUGCCACUGUUUGACACGUGGUAACCUUGCCUUGCCUAACCUCUGGGCACUCUGAUUGUGAAGCCAGUGGUCUGCACAUUUCAGUUGGAGGAUCUCAGUCCAGCAGCCGUUCAGGCCCGCCAGAGGGAGAUUACCCCAGCCUGCGUUAUGAGAUUUAUAGAUUUAUACCCAGAUUAAACCCCUGUAUUAUGUCAAAACUGAUAGUUUGGGUUUAGUGGAUGUCUCUGGGGAUUAUUACAAAUUGCUGCUCAGUAAUUUUUGUGCUGUUUUUUUCUGGCAGAAGUGCUUGUGCUCUGGAGCAGUCUGCCACUUUAGAGGCUUAAUUACACCAUGCUGUGGACUGAGCUUAUGCAGACAUGUGGAGGAGUUGGAAAAACAUGUCAAUGAGAAAUGCAGGACAUGGAGGCCGGUGGCACAGUUUGAAUCAAAGUAGGCUGGAGGAGAUAUGAGCUGGAAGAUAACUGGAAUAUAGUGUGCAUAGUGCCUUACUUCUGCAGAUGGCCAGUGGGGAAAAUACUGAACAAACUUGGUUUUAACAAAUGCUAGAAAUGCUCAAGGUGAAAUGUUUUAAUCCAGGCAUGCAAUUAAAGUUAAAGAUGAAAUUGA